AUGAAAAAAUUUGAUUAAAUUAUUAAAGGAUUAAACAAAACUGAAGGAAGGGAUAAAGUUUCUAAAAUGCUUUAAUAUGGAUCAAGAAUUUUCGUAUGGUAUUACUAAAAAUGUAGUCAACUUGAUGAAGCAACAAAAUUUAAUAAUUUAUUUAGUAUGAAUAAAUAUCAAAUAAUAAGUGGCUAUGAGAGAAGCUAGAAAAAUUUUUAGAUUAGCUAAAACUUUAAAUGAAAUUUAAUAAAUCAUAGAAUUGAUCAAAGAUAAUUCAGAAAAUCUAAAUGAAAUAAUAAGAGCAUUAAAUAUAUUCACACGAAUAUGGUAUGCACUAUUUUGGUAUCAUAUAAUAAUAUACUAGGUUUUUUGAUAAUCUAAGUAUGUUGUCAUAAAUUUAGAUAAUAAAAUAAAACCCUAAGGUAUUACAUAAAAUUGCAAUGACUUUUUGGACAAUUGGAUUAAUUACUAAUUUAUUUGUGACUUUAAGAGAGUUAAUUGGAAAUUUAUCUUCAAUGAAAAAAAUAUAAAAAUCAGCUGACUCUAAGGAAAUGGAAAAAAGAAUUAAUACAAAUUACUUAAAUCUUAUAAAAAAUUUAUGUGACUUAAUUCCAGCAGGAACAGGCAGUGAUUUUUUCUAUAAGAUAUUUUCUUAUAAACCAAAUGAUGCAUUGGUUGGAUGUGGAGGAUUGUUAGCAGGAGCUAUAUCAACAUGUCAAACUUUUUGA